AUGACUGAAAGAAACAAUCCAGAUUCAAAAUAUCGUGCUAGAGCAUCAAAGGCGUUAUCUCAUAUAUAUGAAUAUACGAGUGGAAUAGCUGAAAACCAUAUAGGAGAAAGUAGGGGUAUAGCUGCAGGUACAGCAGCGUCGAUAAUAGGUCUUGGAUUAGAAAGAGUUAACAAAAGAUCACCUGAAGAAAACUUUAUCGGCAUUAUGGAUGAAAAAGAAUUAGAUGAAUUUUCAAAUUCUAUCCCAGAUGAAAACAAGUCCCAUCAUUUCAUGGACAGGUUUAUGGAGAAGUUAUUAAAGCAUGCAAUCACAGAUGAUGGUCCCGAGAAAGACUUAUUAGAGAAAAGGAUACGUGAUCCUGAUAGGACUAAGAAGCCGAAUUUAUCAAUCAAAAUUCUUGCAUCUAACUUCAAAAAACUAAGCAGUCGUAUGAGUGAAUUUUUUGUAGUUCAAUAUGGCCUCAUUCAUAUUUUGACGUGGAGAAAGCCAACAAAAACGUUAUCGUUCUUGGUAUUGUACACUUCAGUAUGCUUAUGGCCACAUUUGGUGUUAGCAUAUCCAUUAUUAUUUUUACUUUUUGGAGUAUUGAUUCCUGGGUACUUACAUAGGCAUCCGAUGAAGAAUCCUGAACUAAUAAAAGUUAAAAGAAGGGGACAGUCUCUUUUGAGCUUUUUAAAUGAAUCACCCGAUCAAAGCAUCAUUAGUGACAUACUUAACGAUGACUAUGAUAGAGACUCAGAUACAGAAUCUCUCAGACCCUUGAAUUCAAGGUCAUCUGACGGAUCAACUUCUGCAUUCACACAACCACCUGCGUCAGCUUCUUCGAUUUCAAACUCCGACAAUGCAGAGUCCAGUCAAAAGAAGGAUAGAAGCAAAUAUGUGAAGUCCCAAAUGACACUUGCGAUGAACAUGAGAGACUUACAGAAUCUCACGACUGAUGUGCUCAGCAGCUUAGACGCAGCAGACAAAUUUUGGUACGAUACAGCUGGCUUCAAAGACGAAAGACUCUCAACUUUCAUUUUCUAUGGUCUUAUUUUGGCAACCUCUGCAAUUCUAUUAGUGGGCUACUACGUGCCCUGGAGAUUGAUCUUUAUUCAAUCUGGGUGGGUAGGAAUAACUUUAUGCCAUCCAAAGAGUAAAAAGUACUUGGUUGGAUUUAGCAAGACUAGGAAAGGCAAGAAAAAAGGUAAGCUUGAAGUAGUGGAAGAUAAAUUAAAGAAGGAAGAAAAAAGGUUUGAUAGAAGAGAUAUAAUUAUUGAUGAUCCUCCAGAGAUCAGAUUUGUUGAAGUUUUCGAGAUAGAACUGAAAAGUAUUCUUAAUAGCAGUUGGACCCUCUUCUGUUUUUCUAAUAGCAUCUACGACCCAAAAGACCAUAUAAGAUGCAGUGGAAAGCGCCCUAAGGGAGUAGAUCAUCUCUCCAAAAUUCUCCCCCCGUCAGAUUGGAGAUUUGACUUUGCUUAUGCUAAUAAAUGGAAAAUAGACUUCCAACCAAAAAUUUUUUUACAUCAAAGGCUCUUAGACAUGAAUUCUUCUUUAAGAGUUUAUGAAAAUGAAAGUGAUGGUUGGAUUUAUGACGACUUGGAUUAUGUUAAGAGUAACGAUACUGUGUAUGAGUUUAGAAGAAGAAGGUUAAGCAGGGAAUGCUAUAGAUAUUCCAGAGCUGCAAAAGAACCUAAGAGAUGA